CAAAUCAAGGUCACCAAACUGCAGCUGAAAUCCAAAGACCUAAGCUUACCAGUAGCCCACUAGGCAUCCGGGCUCCCGAAUAGCCGACAUGUCUUUCUCCCGCCUCCUAACCCCAAGAAUUCUCCUGGACACCACCGCCGUGUUCCCGCCAAGCAGCAGCGUCGUCGCCCCGUCGCUCUCCCGCCAACUGCGGUGCACGCGCACGGGUGGGUCGCCGCCGGCGCCGCCGCAUAGGCUCGUGGCGCGGCGGGCGAUGAGCAACGGGGCGGCGGAGCCGGCCAUCUACGGCGGCGGCGGCGGCGCACAACAGGCGGCGUCGUCUGCUGCGGCGCGGCGCGUGACGCUGGCGACGCUCCGCGGGAAGCACCGGCGCGGGGAGCCGAUCAGCAUGGUGACCGCCUACGACUACCCGUCCGGGGUGCACGUCGACGCCGCCGGGUUCGACAUCUGCCUCGUCGGCGACUCCGCCGCCAUGGUCGCGCACGGCCACGACAACACCCUCCCCAUCUCCCUCGACCUCAUGAUCGAGCACUGCCGCGCCGUGGCGCGCGGCGCGGCCAGGACGUUCCUCGUCGGCGACCUCCCGUUCGGCAGCUACGAGGCCUCCACCGCACAGGCUGUCGGCUCGGCGGUGAGGGUGAUGAAGGAAGGCGGCGUGAAUUCAAUCAAGCUGGAAGGGAGCGCGCCGUCGAGGAUCAGCGCGGCGAGGGCCAUCGUGGACGCCGGGAUCGCCGUGAUGGGGCACAUCGGGCUCACGCCGCAGUCCGUCAGCGCGCUCGGCGGGUUCCGGCCACAGGGGAAGACGGUCGAGAGCGCCGUCAAGGUCGUGGAGGCGGCGCUCGCGUUGCAGGAGGCCGGCUGCUUCGCCGUCGUGCUGGAGUGCGUGCCGGCUCCGGUGGCGGCGGCGGCGACUUCGGCACUGACAAUCCCGACCAUUGGCAUCGGCGCCGGGCCAUUCUGCAGCGGGCAGGUCUUAGUCUACCACGACUUGUUAGGGACGUUCCAAACAAGUCAUGCCAAGGUCUCGCCAAAAUUCUGUAAACAGUAUGGUAACAUUGGGGACGUGAUUAACAGAGCUCUAUCAAAGUACAAGCAAGAGGUGGAAACCCAGUCUUUUCCGGGUCCUAGUCACACGCCCUACAAACUAGCUGCCACAGAUGUUGAUGCCUUUCUGAAUGCGCUGAAGAUGAAGGGCCUGAAUGUGGCUGCUGAUGCUGCAGCCGAUGCUGUUGAAUAUACAGAUGAGAAAGAGAUAAAUGGAACGCCGCAGCUCAAGGUCUAUGCUUGAUUGUUCCUAGCUAGCUAGCAAUGGAUGAAUAGCAAUAUGGUUUGAUUUAUCGCAAAAUAAAUAAAUGAUUUGGUUGCUGAAUGAAGCUGAAUCUGAAUCUGAAGAGUGAAGACCCAUCAAGUGUUAUGAUCUUCUUUAGGUGUAUUUGACCAUGGAUGCAUGGGGAUUUCUUAUUUUUUGUGAAGUAUAACGUGAGUGUUGUAUGCAUGAAGUAUGUAUGGGGAGUGCACUCAAACCUAUCAGAUAGUAGAUUCCAUUGGUGACAAAGUUAUAAUUAUGUAUUCUGUAAUAAGUUCAUCGUAUGCUAUUGUUGUGGUUUUGGAAUGUGUUCAGCAAAAUUUGUAGCAAA